AUGAAGAGAUCCGAAUCAGAGGAUGAAGAACAGACCAACCUGCCUCGGGCGGGACAUGUAGACUCAAGGACAUGCGCACCAAAGCGCAAGAAAGCAAAGACCAAGGAUGCCAAAAAGCCCGUUGUCGCUACUAGUUCCAGUACCAGUACUACUGGUGCCGGUACCGGUAGACAGGGUCAAGCCAAGUCGGAGCAAGCUCAAGCGCGGGCAGCUGCGGCCAUGCGAGCAGACCUAAGAGACGAAAGCACUGAUUCUGAACGGGAUGUCACUGAUACCCGCAGGUCACAGAUAAGACAAGACGAUGAGCAGAACAAUAACGGAAGUUUAAACAAAAAGCCCAGCGGUGGAAUCAUACUCAAGAGUGGCCGCAUAAGACUCCCUGAUAAGCUCAUGGAAUUCCUAAACAAGGAAGUUGUACCCAAGGUUCUAUACUGGCAGGAAGGAGGCAAGUCCUUCUCAUUUGAUACCAAGACGGCUCAGAGAAAGCUACUCGACAAGUACUUUGGGGGAACCAAGCUGGCUUCCUUCACCAGAAGUCUCAACAGGUGGGGCUUCAAGCGCGUAUUCCAUGCUCUAUCGCCCAAGAACGUUAUCUCCUAUGAACACCCGAGCUUUACAAGAGACCACCACGAGAGAGUCAGUGAAAUGAAAAUGGGCCCAACCAACGAAGCUCACACUCAGGAGUCAAAGCCAGAGGCUGCGCCAUCCCUGUCACAAUCAGAGCCAGCACCUGCCCGUAGUGACCUCAGUGGUGACCCCGGUCCCUCUACAGCACCAGUGGCGAGCCUCCCCCAUUCCCCUCAUCUCACGGCAUCAGGCGGAGCCACGUCGGCUCCAGCUCCACCUUCACCUCAACACUCUAGCACGCAGAAUCUAGAGACCAUUGCUGGGGUAGCUGCCUCCUUGCAGCCGAGACCUACUGCUGCCGGGGCUCCCCAAGACAUUUCAUCACUGCUGCAGUCUCUCGCACAGCAAGCACCGCAACAUAUGCCGGCAGGAGCAGCAGCAACGCAGCCGCCGCAGCAGGAUAUGAACAUUGCACUCCAGUCCAUACUUUCCAACCAGGCACAGCAGAACGCAAGGGCUGGGACCUCAAACUUUGAUCUCAUGGCUCUACUACAAGCCGCCUUUACCUGCGGACAUGCCUAUGGACAGGCAAGUACUCGUCUGGAAAUGAGGGCCCAGCAGCAGCAGCAACAACAACAACAACAACAACAGGAGCAGCAACAGCAACAAGAAAACCUGGCUCGAGCCACUGCACUGGCGCAGGCGUCCUUCUCUCAGCAAGCUAGGAGCGUCGCUCCAGCUCCAGCUCCGGCAUUCGACAUUCAAACUUUGCUAUUGCAAGCACAGCUGCAGAAUGCUGGACUGGCGCAACAACCAUUGGUGAAUGCCAUUGGUGGCGUCAGUAGCAAUCCGAGCCAUACUAUGCCUUUGGCAGGAGGAGCAGUCCCUGAGGCAUUGCUCGCUGCCCUGGGACAGGGUCAACAGCAGCAACCACAGCAUCAGCAUCAGCAACAGCAACAGCCCAACCAGGCAGUUGGUAUCCAAGAGCUUGCCAUGAACUUGCUGACAAGGAUACAGCAGAAUCAGGACAUCGGUAACCACCCGGGAAACAACAGCAGCAGCAACUAG